AUGGCAUCGUCCGAGACUCGCCGCGCGGGGUCAUCGCGGACGGCGUCGGAGGAGACGCCGCGGCUCGUGUGCGAGCGGUGGGAGCUCAUCGAGACGGCGCUGCCGCUGGGCGCCGACAUCCCCGUCAGCGAGUCGUUAUUUUCCGUCGGCAACGGCCACGUCUGCGUGCGCGGAUACGCGGAGGAGUCGGAUGUGGCGGUGCCGUACAGCCGCAACGCAGGAGGCAAUGGCGGCAGCUACAACAGCAACUCUGGGGGCGGUGACGGUAGGCGACGCACGAUGGCCAAAGCGGGGCGGCCGUCACUCGCGGUGAACGCGCAGGCGCCAAAGCACGGGCUGCGCGGCACGUACGUCAAUGGUACGUACGAAGAGCGGCUGCUGACGUCCCACCUUAGGGCCUUCACGGUCGGCACGUGCGUGCGGGAGUGCUUCCUCAUCCGUGUACCGGACGCCUUCUGCAUCGAUGUGUUCGUGGGCAGCGAGCACGUCAGCGCGGAGACGGGGACGAUUGUGUCGCACAGCCGCGUCUUGGACCUCCGCACCGGCGAACUCCGUCGCCGGAUGGUGUGGCUCUCGGCAAACCAGGGCCGCGAGGUGACGAUUGAGUCUGCGCGCUUCGUGUCGGCCACCCAGAAGUGCAUUGCGGCGGUCAGAUAUGCAGUGACCGCGAAGAAUGUCCUGAACACCGACAUCCGCAUCGUCUCCCGCACGGCGGUGCCAGCGGAAACGCAGCAGCACCUCAAAAUUGAGAACGUCGUCACCCGUCACACGCUGCAUGACGCCUCCACAGCAGUUUGCGUGCGCACACGCAACAGCUGUAAGCGCCUAGUGGUGGCCGCGACAGAGGCAUGCUCGACUGUGCAGAUUGAGCACAAGUCACAGUCAAAAUCCGCCUUCACGGGCGGGAGUGGCGCGAGCAUCGCUGUCAGCGUGUCGCCGCCGAAUCACUCGCAGCAAGAGAUGGUGUCGAAUCUCAAGCGGUCCGCCAACACACCCACCACCUCCACCAACCCCAGUCCCUCCGCACAGCAGCUCCCACAGAAGGACCAGCUGCAGCAGCAACAAAAACCCGUCACAUUCCUCGCGCCAAAGUGUGAGGAGACAGACAUUGGCGCGGAGACCAUCUAUACCAGCGUCAUAAGUGACAGUACACGUAUUGAGCUCAUAAAGUGUGUGGCAUUUCUCAGCGACGAUGACGCCGCACCGGAGGACAUCUGCGACUUAGCGAUUCACCAAGCGCGGACGGCGGCGACGGCCACAUAUGAUACACUCUUUAAGGAGCAGCAGUGCGCUGUUUCAAAAUUCUGGGAGGUCGGGGGCGUGCACAUCAAGUCUGGAAAUCCCGCAAUGCAGGGCGCCCUCCGCUUCAACAUGCUUCACCUGUACAUGUCUGCGGGCCGCGUGUGCCUGCAGGGGUCGCCGCCCCGCGGGCUCAUGAAUGAACUCUACGGCGGCCUGCACCAAUGGGAUGUGGAUGCAUUCAUCAUCCCAUUCUUCUCGCAUGUACAUCCCGAGACAGCCCGGGCCCUCUUGCAGUUUCGCAUCGAUACCCUGCCGCAGGCACGCAAUCUUGCGGCGGAUAUGGACCUUCCACGAGGUGCUCUCUACCCACUGCGCACAGUGAAUGGAGGAGAAAACAGCCCAGCUUCCUUCUGCGCAGCUUUCUUGCACGUGAACGCCGUCGUGGCGUACGCUAUUAAGCAAUAUUUCGUUGCGUCAGAUGACAUCUCCGUAUUGCUGCAUGGUGGCGCUGAUGUCGUCUUCUCUACAGUGCUCAUUUGGAUCAUCUGGGGGACAUGGGACAAGGGGCAGUUCCAUAUCCGCUCCGUCGGCGGACCGGACAAUUACAGUGGGUUAAGCGACAACGAUCUCUUCACUAACCUAAUGGCACAGUUCCACAUGCAGUGGGCAGUGCAGCUCGCGGCUUUUCUACAGGAGAAGUAUCCAGUCGAAUGGGAAGCACUGAAGGAACGGUGUCAGUUCACGGAUGAGGACCUCGUCAUGAUUGAGCGGGCGGCUGCAAAGAUGGUGGUUUUCUUUGAUGCAAAGAAUCGCGUGCACCCUGUGGAUCAAUUCUUCAUGCGCAAGAAAAAAUGGGGCUUUGGUGAUUUAAAGGCGAAUAGAGGGGGCCCUCUUAUCCGAAAGUAUGACCCAUCGGUGAUUUAUCGUCAUCAGGUGUGCCGAACCCCCGAGGUCGUCCUUGCUUCGCUGCUGCUUCCAGAAAAAUUUACGAGAGAUGAAAAGCAUGCCAAUUACAUUUUUUAUGAGUGCAUCACCACCAACGACUCUUCGCUCAGUCCAACGAUCUUCAGCUCUAUUGCUUCCCAGCUAGGCAUUCUGGACAAGGCCUUGUUUCACCUUAAACAUGCCUUUUUUAUUGACAUUGACAAUGUCGUUGGCAAUACCGGGCGUGGCCUUAACAGCAGUGCGGCGGCAGGGUCUUGGUGGGCUCUAGCAGCUGGGCUGGGUGGGAUGAAGGUGCUUCAGGGUGUGCUACACUUUAACCCAGUGCUCCCUGACGAAUGGGAAGAGUAUCAGUUCUAUGCACGCCACCACGGUUGCCUUAUCAAGGUGCUCGUGACGCGGCGAACAGUGACAUACACAAUGAUGGAGGCUCUUAACGACAACAACAAGCUCCUCAUCAUUCACUCCGACACCAACCGCAUCCACCUUUUGAAGGGCAUACCGGAGUCGGUGCGCCUCUUUCGUGAUGUACGUGUGUUUGACUUUGACUGUAUUGUUUUCGACAUGGACAGCCUCAUCGAGAACAUUGAGGAGUACCACUUCGAGGCCUGGAAGAAAACAUUGGAGGGUUUUUUUCGAGGAAUUGGCCAACCUACCUUUACUUUAACAGGUGAGCUCUACCUCGCCUACCUGAAGCACGGUAAGCCGUUCCCUUCAUUAUUGCAGUUCCUCAGCAAGCAGGGCAUCUCGAAUCUGCCGAUGGGAAGCCCCGACGACUCAAUGGAGCAGAACACGCUUUAUGGACUAUUCCACCGCAAGCUGCACCACUUCCGUGACUGCGUGCGGUCGCGGGGGUUGAGCCCGAGCGAGGGUGCGCUGGAGCUUCUCUCAGAACUCCGCCAAAGCGGCAUCUCUGUUGGCUGUGUGACGUCUAGCAAAAAUGGCCACUGGUUGCUAAACGAGGUGCCGCAACUCGCCUCACUAGUGGACUGCUGCCUCAACGGCGGCGAUGGUGAAGUACUCGGGCUGCGCUGGCGACCCGAAAUGGACUACUACUCCGCAGUAUGCAAACAGCUUAAUAGCAUACCCGCACGCACCAUAGUUGUGAUGGACGGCAUCGACGGCUUCGCGAAGAAUUCACUGGAGCAGUUCAAGCUGAUCGUCGAUCUUCAAAAGGGCCCGGAGGACGUAAAUCUGGUGAUACCGCACCUGAAGAUACCGAAUUUGAAGGAGGUGACGCUGACGCUGCUGAAUGAUGAGACGGCAAACGACCUAUCCUCGAGCAGACCGCGCCGCUCGUACACGUUGAGCCGCUCACCGUCCUUCACCGAGAUUCGCCCAGGUUUAGACAACAGAUCCCUCAGCACCUGA